AUGAAGUAAACUUACUAAUAAUUUAUUAGUAAACUUAGAAGCAAAAAUGCUGUUGAUAGAAUAUAUCCUCCUAAUUCAAAACUAUAAGGUAAUGCUAGUAUUUCUGAAUCAAAAAAGGUUUUAAAAAGAGUUAAAACUUUUGUAAGAUGA